GACGAAAAUACCUAAACUUAAACAAUAAACAAACAAUUUGUUACAACUAAACAAUAAUUAAACGACGGAAAUACCUAAACUUAAACAAUAAACAAAGAGUUUCUUACAACAACUUUGGGGCUUUUUGUAUCUUAAAUCAUAAUAAUCAUUGCAACUACAUUACUACCCCACAUAAAUGUUACGGUUCACCAACCACAUGACUCCAUCAAUGAUCAUUCAAUUUUAAUUCAGUAACAAUAUCUUCUUCUUUCUUAUUUCAACCCCAAACUUCUUCAUAAUUCAUCAUCAUCAAUGGCUUCAUCAACCGAAAUCACUCAUGAUUUUCCACCAUUCAUACGGGUGUACAAAGACGGCCGUGUCGAACGCCUAUUCGCCACGCCCCGCCUUCCACCGUCCACCGAUCCAGUCACCGGAGUUCAAUCUAAAGACGUCGUGAUCUCACCCGAACUCGACGUCAAAUCGCGCAUCUUCCUCCCGAAAGUUGACCCAGGAGCCCCACCACAAAAGCUUCCUCUCAUAAUCUACGUCCACGGGGGCGGGUUUUGCAUCGGAUCACCGUUAAACAUCAUCACACAAGGCUUCCUCGCCCCAUUAGUAUCCCAAACCCCCGCAGUCGCAGUUGCAAUUGGCUACAGGCUGGCCCCGGAGCACCCUCUCCCAGCCGCAUACCACGACUGCUGGGUGGCGUUCCAGUGGAUCGCCUCCCAUGCAACUGGGUCUGGACCCGACUCGUGGAUCAACAAUUAUGUUGACACUAGUCGGGUCUUUUUGGUGGGAGAGAGUGCUGGGGCCAACUUGGCCCAUUACAUUGCGGUCCAAGCGGGAAUCAAUAAGACAAAAUUGGGUGUCCGUGGGUUGAUCAUGUUGCAUCCGUAUUUCUCUCAGAAAGAACCCGAUAAGAUGAUCCAGUUCUUGUACCCGGCUAGUUCGGGUUCGGAUGAUGACCCGAAACUGAACCCUUGUUCGGAUCCGGAUCUUGAGAAAAUGGGUUGCCCGAGGGUUUUGGUGGUUGUUGCGGAGCGGGACAAAUUGAAACCGAGAGGGGUCGGGUAUAAGGAGACAUUGGAAAAGAGUAAAUGGGGAGGUAAAGUGGAGUUUAUGGAGAAUGAAGGGGAAGAUCAUGUUUUUUAUUUGUUUAAUCCAUCAAGUGAAAAGGCCAAGGGGUUAUUUGAAGCCUUGAUUUCAUUUGUUAAUCAAGUAGUCUAAUAGUAGUAUAUCUGUAGUGUUUAUGUUUUUGGUCAAGUCGGGUCGGGUCGGGUAAGAAAAUCAAAAUGAAUGAGCCUUUAAAUCUUUUGAUUCGGUGAUUUCAAGGUGUUUUGAUAGUAUCAUGUAUUUGUGGAUUCAAUAAUUAUUGUGAUGAUCUUGAAAUUACAUGAAACACCUAUUAGCCUUGUGUA